AUGGCUACCAAGAAGUUAGCGGACCACACUCUUUAUCAUCUAAGUCCCAAGGGCUUUUGGAAGAAGUUCCGUGACGCCGUGGUUGUGAAUCCGGAGAUCUCGAGCGGUCUACCCAUAGCUGGGGUCAACCGUUACCCUCCUCCUGGCUCGAGGCCAGAGAGGUAUUCAACUCCUGCCACCAAGGCUUCCGACCCUGCGCAGAACCCGUACUGGAAACGUGAUGUCCGCCGAGCGUACCCGCGGCUGUCUGUGGUAACACAACCGGAGCUCGCAUCCUUACUUCUACAGCACCCGGAGAACCAGGCGUUGUUGACCGGACCCUCCCCCGAGAGCUCCUCUGUGCCUGCUCUUGCCGAGAAGCCUCAAGGCAAGGACCUGGCUGAAACCAUCACUUCACUUGCGUCCACUCGGAAGGUGUUCUCGAAAUCGAACCUCCCGCCGACGCUUCCGACACCCUUCAAGAAAUGGGUACCUCAGGAAGCGGAGAACGCGCCGCAUGAUCCUCACUCAUACUUCCCGAUGAUACUUGUUAAGUAG